GCUGUCCGUACUUAUCUAACCCUAAACGCACAAAAUAAAAAUUCUCUCAGGCAUCGAACAUCAAAUUAGUUUUAAAAGCCCGCUUUAAACCCUAAAAUCUAAAUUCGCAGCUAAACCAAGUAAGAAAGAGAGUGAAUAAAAAAGCUAUGAAGAAGAAAAAUCAAACAGCUGGAAGUGGAAGUGGAAGUGGAAGUGGCGACAUGGAUGACAAGGAUCAAGAAUGGGACAUCAAGAAGAUUAUGAAAGAUAUCGAGUUCUUCAGUGCCUCGCAUAUGACAUGGAAAGAGAGGAAAGAAUUAGAAAACCAUAAAGUACUCUCUCUCGGUGGAAAGCCUCCUAAGAAGCAAAGACUACCUUUAAGUGUAGCCCGUGUGCAAAUGAAGAAACAAAAGGAAAGAGAACAGAAAAUGCUUGAAAUGAGGGAACAAGAGAAUAUGGUUCUUGGAAGAUUUGGAGGUGGUAGUGGUGCUAGACGAACAGUCGAGAAGCGCAAACUUGAGGACAGGGUGCUGAGGUCAACUGAAGGUCAUUUUAAAAAUGGCAUACUUGAUGUGAAGCAUUUGUUGAGUCGAGCGUCAUCUAGAGAUGAUGGUUCUAGCAGUCAUAUGUUCAACAAAGGGAAGAAGCACAGUGGCAAAAGGAGAGAUGAUGGUUCUAGCAGUCAUAUGGUCAGCAAAGGGAAGAAGCACAGUGGCAAAAAGAACAAGGGAAAGAAAAAAGGUGGUGGAAGGAAGCGCCAUUGAAAGCGGGCCUAAUUUGAGCUAUUUCAAUAACAGCAGUGAUAGAAUCUCAGUGUUGCUUCUAUCAUCUUUCAAAACCUGGAUCUUGAAUGGUCCUUACAAGAUCCUUGAUUCGGUAUUGGCACAAUGUAUGAGAAAAAUUUCGAGCGGUUGCGUUUUUGUUUUGGUUGUUUAUAAAGAGCCUUCUGUAAUUGUUGGGUUCAAUUUCUCAAGGAUAGCCUUCCAUGUAGCAUCUUUUCUUUAGACCAAGACCAGUUUUGCAUUUCUUCACUCUUGAUAAACACGACUGAUAUUGAAGAUCUUGAGACCAUGUUUCACUUAUAUGCAUGGGGUCUGAAUUCUUGCUA